AUGUCGGUCACCGCCGCCCGUGCUGGGAGCUCUGCGAACCACGGCCCCGCGAUGUUGGAACAGUGGGCCCAGCACACCGGAGCUCCAAACGGCGAUCCAGUUGCCAGUGAAGACCUGCAGUCCAGCUUAUAUUUUGUCAAUGGAUCUCUGCAAGAGGUAGUCUUCGCCAGUACCAUGGGGACAUUGUUAUCAUGCCCUGCAUCAGGGAAGCCCCCCACAGCACUGCACUGGUACCUUGCAACCGGGGAAGAGAUGUACGACGUUCCGGGGAUCCGGCAGGUCCAUCCGAACGGCACUCUCCAGAUCUUCCCCUUCCCCCCUUCGAGUUUUAAUAACUUAAUCCACGACAGUUUGUACUAUUGCACAGCAGAAAAUCCUUCAGGGAAAAUUAGAAGUCAGGAUAUUCACAUUAAGGCCGUCUUACGAGAGCCCUAUACAGUCCGUGUUGAGGAUCAAAAAGCCAUGCGAGGGAACAUAGCAGUCUUCAAGUGCAUUAUCCCCAUCUCUGUGGAGAGUUAUAUCACUGUAGUGUCAUGGGAGAAAGACACAGUCUCACUUGUCUCAGAGUUAAGCGAGCAUUAA